GUCCCCGUGACGAGGCAGCGCGGAGCCGCCGCGGGCCGGGCCCAUCCCGCCGCAGCGGCCCCGGGCCGAACAGGGGCGAGGCGGGGAGGGAGCGGCGCCCAGCGGGCCCGGAGCGCAGCCAGAAUGGUGCUGGAAGGAAACCCUGAAGUGGGGGCCCCUCGAACCUCAGACCUCCAGCACCCUGGGAACAAGGGCUCUUGUGUCCUCUCCUCUCCCGGUGAAGAUGCACAGCCAGGCGAGGAGCCCAUCAAAUAUGGCGAGCUCAUCAUUCUGGGAUGCUGUGAGGAAGGAGGUGAGGAAACCGAGGCUCAGAGAGGGGAAGUGACUGGCCCAAGGGCACACAGCUGCUACAAUGGAUGUUUGGCAAGUGGGGACAAGGGCCGCCGGCGAAGCCGCUUGGCACUGAGCCGCCGGCCACAUGCCAACGGAGUGAAGCCAGAUGUCAUGCACCACAUCUCCACGCCGCUUGUGUCCAAGGCACUGAGUAACCGUGGCCAGCACAGCAUCUCAUACACACUGUCCCGGAGCCACUCGGUCAUAGUGGAGUAUACGCACGACAGUGACACAGACAUGUUCCAGAUCGGCCGCUCCACGGAGAACAUGAUCGACUUUGUGGUAACAGACACGUCCCCUGGAGGAGGGGCCACUGAGGGCCCUUCUGCCCAGAGCACCAUCUCCCGCUAUGCCUGCCGCAUCCUCUGCGACCGCCGGCCGCCCUAUACAGCCCGCAUCUACGCUGCUGGCUUCGAUGCCUCCAGCAACAUCUUCCUUGGCGAGCGGGCAGCCAAAUGGCGGACCCCUGAUGGCUUGAUGGAUGGCCUGACCACCAAUGGAGUCCUGGUGAUGCACCCAGCGGGCGGCUUCUCCGAGGACUCGGCUCCGGGUGUCUGGCGAGAGAUCUCAGUCUGCGGGAAUGUGUACACGCUGCGGGACAGCCGCUCAGCCCAGCAGCGGGGCAAGCUGGUGGAAAACGAAUCCAACGUGCUGCAGGACGGCUCCCUCAUCGACCUGUGCGGGGCCACGCUGCUGUGGCGCACGCCAGCGGGCCUGCUGCGGGCGCCCACGCUGAAGCAGCUGGAGGCCCAGCGGCAGGAGGCAAAUGCUGCGAGGCCCCAGUGCCCCGUGGGGCUCAGCACCCUGGCCUUCCCCAGCCCGGCCCGUGGCCGCACGGCACCCGACAAGCAGCAGCCCUGGGUCUAUGUCCGUUGCGGCCACGUCCACGGCUACCAUGGCUGGGGCUGCCGGCGGGAGCGGGGCCCCCAGGAGCGUGAAUGUCCUCUCUGCCGCCUCGUGGGGCCCUACGUGCCCCUGUGGCUCGGCCAGGAGGCUGGCCUCUGCCUGGACCCUGGGCCCCCCAGCCACGCCUUUGCGCCCUGUGGCCACGUCUGCUCUGAGAAGACUGCCCGCUACUGGGCCCAGACACCGCUGCCCCAUGGCACCCAUGCUUUCCACGCCGCCUGCCCCUUUUGUGGAGCCUGGCUCACCGGCGAGCAUGGCUGUGUCCGCCUCAUUUUCCAGGGGCCACUGGACUAGGCUCCCCGGGGCCCCCUGCUGCUGUGCUCACCUACCCACCCAGGACCCCACCUCCUGCAGCCCAGAGGGAGCUCUGCAUGUGGGACGCUAGCUGCUGGCACGUGGCCAUGCGAGAUGAACAUGUUGGAUGGGCUGUGCCCUUCCCCCUAAGUCUGGAGGUCCCCAGGAUCUCUCUACCCCGUCACCCCGUCAUACUGAUGGGGCCUUCAGCACCAGCUCUGCCCUGGGCCGAUGGAGGGAAGCCCAGCCCCAUGCCCCUGCCCUUCCGGGGCCGUCCCGCGUCAUGCCGCCUACACUGUGUGCCCCUGGGGGGGUGAAGGGGCCAAGGACCCCUGACCCCCAGCUUAGGCUGGCUGUGCCCUGAGCCUGCCAACCCAGUUCCAGAUAUUCAUCCCUCCUGCUGCUACCCUGGGUUCUUCUAUAAACCUCGCUGCUCAGCUGCCCGCCCAAAUCCCACGUGUCCCGCAUGCGUGCAGUGCCUCCAGCCUGGAGCCAGUGCUGGGUAGAUGGCAGGCUGGGACUGGCAUUUGCUGACAGCCAUUAUAGGCUGGACUCCAUGCCAAGUGGGCUCUGGGGACACAGGGACAAUCAGACCAGCCCCCCGGCCUCCACCCAGGGGCAGAGUUCACAGUCUAGUGGAGGACCGACAAAGUUGCCAAAUGACAGCACAGCUUCCUGUGCUCUAGGAUCAGAGAAUGGUCAGGGCCUGUGGGGCAGUCCUCACUGGUGGUGGGGGAGGGGGCUUCGCAGAGGAGGUGGCUUAGGAGCUCAGCCUCGAUGGCUGCUCAGAAUCUUCCAGGUCCACAGGACGGGAAGGGUGCUCAAGGCAGAAGGGAGGGCCUGCACAGGCUCGGGUGUCAGCAAACAGGAAACUGAGGGACGGAUUCAGGGCAGCUGGCGCAUGGGGGGAGCUGCAGGGGGCAGGGAGGGGGCUGGAGCGAGAGGUUGGCCCUGACGACUGGAGAAGAUGCUGGAGGAUUCUGAACCUCAUUUUGAACGGUCAGGAGUCAACAAAGGAGGGAUGCGCAGGUCCAGAGCGUUGGCUGUGACACAAGGGCUAUCGUUCCUGAAUGCCCACCUUGUGCCCCACGCUGUGCCAAUGAUAAUAAUAACUGUGCUCACUGAGCACUCACUAG